AUGAACAACCAGACCACCAACAACACGGCAGGCAUGCAAGCACAACUCAGCGCCUCGCUCCUGUCACGGCACAACCUCUCCGUGUCCCCAGCGUGGCUUGCGGACUUCCUGUCCUCGUCCUCGCGCGGCCCGAACGCGCCGCUGCUGGCCCUGACAUCCACCGCACAGUUCCGCGUGCUGGCUAGUGACAUCCGGAACUCUCUUGCACCACCGGCGCCGGAGAACCUGCUGCCCGAGGGCGUCGCAGAUGUCAACGUCAAGGAGCGCCGCCUGAAGGGUGCCGUCGUUGUGCAAGUGCUAGAUGUCAUUGACAUCGGGAGUAGUAUGUGGUCCCAGGUUGAGGCUAUUGAGAGGGUGGAGCGCGGGGAGAAGAUUCGGGGGCGGGAGGUCAUUCGGUCCGUGGGCGGUGCAGGUGGUGGCGAGGACAGCGGUGGUGCUGGCGGUCCUACAGCGGCGUCGAUGUCGGCGACCGGUGACAAGAAACUUACUUCCGGCCCACACAAGCUCCUCGUCCAAGACGCGAAAGGAACCCAAGUCCUGGCGUUCGAGCUCGUCAAGAUCCCCAAGAUCGCGCUUUCCAAUCCCGCCUCGGUGGCGGCCCCUCCCGCUGCCGCCAAUGCUGCUGGCAACCCGCCUCAGCAGAGUCUACAGGUCGUCGACGACCCGGGCAUGUUCAUCGGGUGUAAAUUGCUGCUGAAGCCUGGUACCGUCGUGCGGAGGGGUGUUGUCAUGCUCACGCCUGAGGACUCUGCUGUUCUGGGUGGCAAGGUCGAGGCUUGGGAUCGGAAGUGGAAGGCUGAGAGGAAGGAUAGAUUGACUGCGCUGAUUGCUGAGGGUGAUGGUGCUGGUGCUGGUCCUGGUGGAUUGGGAUGA